GUAGAUCGCUGAGCGAUACUUUCGGCAGCACCUCCUUGAUUCUCAGUUUUGCUGGAGGCCGCAACCAGGCCCGCGCCGCCACCAUGGUAGGUUGAAUCCCGAUCUCUGGAAGGUUUAGGGCAGAGCUCUGGUGACUGGGGGAUGACGAGCCACCUCUCCUGUCAUCCUUAGCGCCGCCCGGUGCCACGAGGUAUGAGAGCCUCGGCAGACGGCCGGGCUCCGGCAGUGAUUCAGCAUCUCCGGCCUGGCCGGGCUAGGGGUUAUCGGUAGCCAGUGCGGCCUUUCCACCGCUUUCGCUUCCCGGGGAGCCUCCGACACUUCCUCCUCGGUCAGCUAGAUGAGUUCGCCCCUCAGGUUCCUUCAGUGGAGUAGAUUCUGAGCGGUCCAGAAUAGCUCCUAGUGCUGUGUAUGGGAGAGGAGAAGACAGAGACUUGACUUGGAGGCCUACCUGUACCACCAGUGCGGACUUGACCCCCAGGUUUGUGUUCCUGGACAGCGUCCGUUUUCCUGUUUCGAAAUCAGUAUGACAAUGAUGUCACUGUUUGGAGCCCUCAGGGCAGGAUUCAUCAAAUUGAAUAUGCAAUGGAAGCUGUUAAACAAGGUUCAGCCACAGUUGGUCUGAAAUCAAAAACUCAUGCAGUUUUGGUUGCAUUGAAAAGGGCACAAUCAGAGCUUGCAGCUCAUCAGAAAAAAAUUCUCCAUGUUGACAACCAUAUUGGUAUCUCAAUUGCGGGGCUUACUGCUGAUGCUAGACUGUUAUGUAAUUUUAUGCGUCAGGAGUGUUUGGAUUCCAGAUUUGUAUUCGAUAGACCACUGCCUGUGUCUCGUCUUGUAUCUCUAAUUGGAAGCAAGACCCAGAUACCAACACAACGAUAUGGCCGGAGACCAUAUGGUGUUGGUCUGCUUAUUGCUGGUUAUGAUGAUAUGGGCCCUCACAUUUUCCAAACCUGUCCAUCUGCUAACUAUUUUGACUGCAGAGCCAUGUCCAUUGGAGCCCGUUCCCAAUCAGCUCGUACUUACUUGGAGAGACAUAUGUCUGAAUUUAUGGAGUGUAAUUUAAAUGAACUAGUUAAACAUGGUCUGCGUGCCUUAAGAGAGACGCUUCCUGCAGAACAGGACCUGACUACAAAGAAUGUUUCCAUUGGAAUUGUUGGUAAAGACUUGGAGUUUACAAUCUAUGAUGAUGAUGAUGUGUCUCCAUUCCUGGAAGGUCUUGAAGAAAGACCACAGAGAAAGGCACAGCCUGCUCAACCUGCUGAUGAACCUGCAGAAAAGGCUGAUGAACCAAUGGAACAUUAAGUGAUAAGCCAGUCUAUAUAUGUAUUAUCAAAUAUGUAAGAAUACAGGCACCACAUACUGAUGACAAUAAUCUAUACUUUGAACCAAAAGUUGCAGAGUGGUGGAAUGCUAUGUUUUAGGAAUCAGUCCAGAUGUGAGUUUUUUCCAAGCAACCUCACUGAAACCUAUAUAAUGGAAUACAUUUUUCUUUGAAAGGGUCUGUAUAAUCAUUUUCUAGAAAGUAUGGGUAUCUAUACUAAUGUUUUUAUAUGAAGAACAUAGGUGUCUUUGUGGUUUUAAAGACAACUGUGAAAUAAAAUUGUUUCACCGCCUGGUA